UCAGGUGUGAUAUAAUUAAAAAUUUAUUUGUCCUUCAUUGUGGUUAAAAUCUCUGAAAAUCUUGGCAUCCAGCACCGAAGAAAAAUGGCUUCUCGAAGAAUGAAGACCUCGCCAAUGAUGGCAUGUUUGAAAACCCUGUUGACCAUUUUCAAUUUCAUUUUCUUGGUUAUUGGUUUGGGAAUACUUGUCGUUGGCGUCCUAACUAAAACAAAAUUUGAGUCUUAUUUGACGCUUUCUACCAUUGACUACUCCAAUGCACCAUGGGCAAUGAUUGCUAUCGGAUCAUUCAUAUUCAUUGUUGGCAUUAUGGGAUGUUGUGCAACUUUGAAAGGGAACACUUGUCUACUGAGAACUUAUGGACUGUUGUUGGCAAUUGUUUUCAUAUGUGAAUUAGCUGGUGCCAUCAUGGCAAUUGUUUUCAAGGGCAAAGUUGAUGUCGGUUUCCAAGAUGGAAUGACAAUAGCUGUUCAAAACUAUACUCAACCGGAAUAUAAGGAGGCUGUUGAUAACGCUCAAAAAGAUUUGAAGUGUUGCGGAGUGAACAACUACACUGAUUGGUGGAAAUUAGAAACAUACCAACUGAACACAGUUCCUGCCUCAUGCUGUUCCAACAAGACCUGGUGUGAUUCAAACUUGUACAAGAAUGAUACAAACAUUGUUGAUAUAUCCAGCAUCGCUGGUGGUGAUGUCACAGUUGCAAUAUAUGAUACGGGUUGCCACAAGAAAAUGUUUGACAUUGUUAAAGAAAAUCUUGCAAUCAUCAUAGGAGUCAUGUUUGGAGUUGCCUUUUUCCAGGUGAUUGGAAUGAUCCUUGCUUGCUGGUUGGCUUCCAACAUCAACACUAACAAAUAUGAACUAGUUUAAUUGAAGAAUAGGGGAAUAUUCUUCAUUAUUUACAUUCUGAUGUUGUUUAAGUGAAUGUUUGAAUCUAAUUGCAUAAUGUUAAUUCUUUAAUCAUACCAAAAACUUAGAUUGCAGCUGCAUGGAAAAUCAACCAAACUUGAUCCUUAUCAGACUUUGUUACUUGUCCAUAGAUAAUUAGACUUGAUUACAUCUCCAAAAAUUAAAUAAAAGAUUAUUUUUAAUUCAAAUUCCAGUUGGAGUUAUUUCCACUCAACCAGCACUCCCACAUAUAAAAUUUGAAAAUAUAGAUUACAAAGCAAAAAAAAAAAUAUUUUUCUUAAACAUAGCUUAAAAAUGGAAAGGAUUUGAUUUCAAAAUUUUAAGUUUUUUCUUCUUAUUAGGCAUAUAAAUAAACUUGUCUAGAUUUCCCACUGUUCAGAAAAGUCAAAAUUUGAACAAACAGAAAACCUAUCAUCUCUUAUGCUAUAUUAUAUUUAUUAUAUAUACAACUUGGUGAUGAAAAAGUAGAUAUAUGGAGUUUUCUAUUUGGUGGACUAGGGGUUUUCAAUUUUUUUGCUGCUGAUUUAAAGGAAAUAAGUGGUAUGAUAUAUUCAAUGUGAAAACAAGCUCUUUUUUGUUUGUAAAUUGUGGAAUUUGGUGACUGUAUUAUAUAUAUUUCUUACCGAGCUUAAUUGCUUACAAUUUUGUUUUUCUUAACAGUGUCUUUUCAUGUCAGUAUGUAGUGUAAUGAAAGUGUUUUUUAUUUCACCACAUUCAUAUUAGUAACUUUUCAUGACAACUGAGUUAACUUUCUGAAAAUAAGGGAAAAUAUUUUUUAAUAUCUGUAAUUAUUAUAAUACAAAUUUAAGAUUGUUCGAAUUUUUAAUCCAAGCGUAGCAAAUAUUGCUUAUUUUAUUAUGCUUCCAGGAGAUACACUUAUUUUUUUGCAUAUUACACCUAAUUACCAUUUUUUAAGCUUCUGACUUCCUCGAUUUCAUUUACCCGGGGAAACAAUUCAGUAUUUGUUCUCGAAUUAUGACAGCCCCAUGCCCCCAUUAUGCAGUUACUAAAAGUGAGAAUUUUUAAAAUAACCUAAAAAUUGUGAAAAAUCUUGAAACAGUAUUAAUAAGGAAAUUUAUAUAUUUUUCAAUGUAUCAACUGAAAGAUCUUUAUCCAAAGAUGCGAUUGCCAUUCAAGUCUGAAAUAUGCCUCAUCAUAUCUUGUUUCAUUAGAUUAGAAUGAAAUAUCAAAAUGCAUCAUGACAACUUAGGAUUUGUAUUGCAGCAAUAUAGAAAAAGUGUGAUGUAACAUUACCAAACUAGUCUGAAGAUUACAAAAGUGCUAUGUUGCCUAAUCUUCAAGUACAUUUCUUACCAUACCUGAUGAUAUACCAUUAUAUAUAUAUAUCUUUAUUUUGAUAUGUCGUUAUGAUCAAGAGCAUUUUUAGCCUCUUUCUUCAAUGAAUUCCGACCAUAUUCUUAGUUUCACUUCUGCUUGUUUGCUUUUGGAAAUAGGGUUUAUGUUCUGUUGUAUUGAUGAUAUGAGUCAUAAAUUUGGUGUUUUGAAAGUGUUAGUAGCAAAAUUUGAUCAUAUUUGAUUUUAGUAUUGCCAUAUAUUUAUUACACUUUGAUUAUUCCUUUUUGCUAGCAACUAGGUAGGUAAAUUAUUUGAAACUCUUAAAUUGGUGAUGGUUAGUUAGAUAAUUUUGUUCAAAUCGAAGGGGAAUGUAGCACUUAUCAUAUGAAUAACAUUCCAUUAAACAUUCGAUGAAAUUUGAUCAACAACAAAGCAUAAUAAUGUGAUCAUAUCUCCUUUUACAAGUGGCUUUUUAACAUUUAUUCUAUGCUAUGUUAUUUUCCUGCAUGUUAAGUUAAUCUACAGGGGGAGUAAUUAAAGAAAUGGAUAAGUUUUAGAAACAAGCACUUGUCAAAUAUUUUGAACAUGUGAUCAAGACAAAACUGACUUUGGUAUUUUAAAAAUUUCAAGAUUAUAUUAGAGCCAAAUUACUCAUUUUUUCACAAUAAAUUAAGAAUUCAAUUUUUCUGAUUCAAGGAUCGUAACAAACCGUAUAUAUAUAUAUAUAUAUAUAUUCAUAGUAGCAAUAUAAUAAUCAGUACAUUUUUUUUUGUUUUCAAUAAAUUUUGCCUGUUGCAGUAUUAUGUUGCAUAUUUACGAAUUAUUCAGAAAUGAUAAAUAUAUUCACCAUUAGAUAAAAAAGGUUUGCAGUGUGGACCCGGUUUCGGGGCCUUUUAUUGCAGCUUUAUUAAUACCUUCAAUGAGAUCCUAUAUUUACUUCAGUAGCUGCCUAGUGUGCAGUACUAUUAUAGCAGCAUUUGAGUUUUUUGUUUUAUUUCCCAGACCUGCUCCAAAAGUGCAUAUUUGGCUAAUUAUCCGUCCAUGAAUAGUUUUAUUGUAUAUAAAUUAUGGUGAUUAAAUUUAUGUGAUGCAAGUAUUAUUGGUCUUAUUCGUUAAUAGUCCAUAUGUGAUGUUAUUAUUCAUGUAUCUUGUGUUAUAAUUAAUAAAAGUUGUGAAAUGCAUAACA